AAAAAAAGAAGAAAAAUGUUCACUUUGAGAUAUUCUUCCCUCUCAAUUUUUUCCUUACAAAAACAUACAAACUCUUCAAAACCCACCUUAUUUUCCCUCAAUUUCACCCAAAAUUACAUCUCAAAACAAUUAAAUUCCAUGAUUUCCAUGAUUUCCUCCUCAAAAUCUGAAAAUGUUCAACCCAAACCACCCCAAAAUUCAAUAAUAUAUAAAGUUCCAGCACUAGAAAAUAAUGACAUAGAUAAAAUUACAGGGCAAAAUUUUGAAAGAUACUAUCUUUCUUCUUCUGAAAAUCAGAGGAAUGGGAAAGGGGUUUGCAUUGUAUGGUUUAGAAAUGAUUUAAGAGUGUUGGAUAAUGAAGCAUUGUUUAAAGGUUGGGCUUCUUCUGAGGUGGUUUUACCUGUUUAUUGUGUUGAUCCUAGGCUUUUUGGGACUACUUAUCACUUUGGGUUUCCAAAAACUGGAGCAAUAAGAGCACAAUUUCUCAUUGAAUGUUUAGCUGACUUGAGAAAGAAUUUGCGGAAGCACGGGAUAAACUUGCUGAUUCGGCAUGGAAAGCCUGAGGAAAUUCUUCCUGCACUUGCCGAAACCUUCAGAGCUCACACAAUAUAUGCACAGAAAGAAACAUGCAGCGAGGAGCUAAAUGUUGAAGCACGGCUGAAUAAAGGUCUUCAGAAAGUAUCUCUGUCAUCAAAAGUAGGUCAAUCCAGAGCCCAAAAUGGAGCAUGUAUCCCUAGAUUGCAACUUGUUUGGGGAUCUACUUUGUACCAUAAAGAUGAUCUCCCAUUUGAUGUGAGCAAUAUUCCUGAUGUCUAUACACAAUUUCGCAAGUCUAUUGAAUCCAAGUGCACAAUCAGAGCUUGCAUCAAGAUUCCAGCGUCACUUGGACCUCCACCUGAAAUUGAAGAUUGGGGCGCUAUUCCUUCUAUCGACCAGUUCGGGUUACAUACUCAAGAGGUAGACAGAGGUCUAGUGUUUGUUGGGGGUGAAAGUGCUUCACUCAGCAGAGUCCAUGAAUACUUCUGGAAAAAGGAUCUGCUGAAAAUAUACAAAGUGACAAGGAAUGGAAUGCUUGGAUCUGAUUACUCGACAAAAUUUUCUCCAUGGCUGGCUAGUGGAAGCUUAUCUCCGCGUUUUGUAUAUGAAGAAGUAAAGAGGUAUGAAAAAGAAAGGCUGGCAAAUGAUUCUACAUACUGGGUGUUAUUCGAAUUGAUAUGGAGAGAUUACUUCAGGUUUCUGUCAAUCAAAUAUGGAAAUUCUAUAUUCCACUUGGGUGGGCCUAGGCAAUUAGACUAUAAAUGGAGCCAGGAAAGCACAUUGUUUGAAUCAUGGAAAGAAGGCAAAACUGGGUACCCAUUGAUAGAUGCAAAUAUGAAAGAACUAGCAACAACUGGUUUCAUGUCUAACAGAGGUAGGCAGAUUGUUUGUUCUUUUCUUGUAAGGGAUAUGGGGAUUGACUGGCGUAUGGGAGCAGAAUGGUUUGAGACAUGCCUCUUGGAUUAUGAUCCUUGUUCUAACUAUGGGAAUUGGACUUAUGGAGCAGGUGUUGGAAAUGAUCCCAGAGAAGAUAGAUAUUUCAGCAUUCCCAAACAGGCACAGGUGUACGACCCUGAGGGCGAAUAUGUAGCCUAUUGGUUACCAGAGCUAAAAAGGCUUCCAAAAGAUAAGCGCCAUUUUCCGGGGUUUUCAUACCUUAAACCUAUUGUAGCCCUUAAGUAUGGAAACACCAGCAAACAAGGUGGCCAGAGACCUGGCUCUUCGAGAAGAGAUCAGAAAUGGCGCGCCAACAAAUAAACGCUAAACAAUAAAAAAGAAUGCAAAAGCAACCUAUUGAGGAACUGUGGAAAAAGAUUAGAGAAGGGGAUGAUGAAUUUGUAAUUUACUUUGUGUUUUCAUAUCAUUAGGAAUGUGAUAUGAUAAUUAGAGGAAUGUUAGAAGCAUAUACAGGUUUGCUACUAUCAUCUGGAAGGUAAAUUAGUUGAAACUUAGUUGUAAGUGUAAUAUCUUCAUCUGAAAAGCAAAACACUGCAUAGUUUAUUUUUCUUGGUAAUUUAAUAGAGUUAGAUAUUCAAUUAUGAUCCAAACUAGUAUGAAAAUAUUAAUUAUAUCCUCAAGCUCUAA